UAUUGCACUGACAAAUGUUGCUACUUUUACUGGUGACAGGUUACCGUAGCUGCCUGGCUCCACAUUUUCCUGUAAACUUCAAGGUUAAUUCUCAGCAAGAAAAGCGGGAACGCCGAGCAGCUGCCGGUGUCUGAGAUUUUCCCGGGUGGCAGGAGCCAGAAGACUGGAAUCGGCCCCCUUACAGCACAGGUGCACUCUGAGGAUUUACUAGUCCUUCCACAGGGGCCAGCUGGGUUUAUUCUGAAGCAACAUGCAAGAGAACAGCAUUGACCAGCCACCGUCGCUGUCGCAGCUGUUAAGGGAGAGUUACCUGGCAGAGGCCAGAGCCCAGCAGCGCCACAGCGAGAUGAGCCGCUCAGACGCUUCGUCCUCACGCAUUCAGAUCUACGGGUCACUGAAAGGCAAGGCGGAGGACACUAUUGGUCACAGUGACCCCCAGUUUCCAGACCUUUCAGCCUUCCUCAGCCAGGAGGAACUGGAUAAGAGCGUGAACCUGGCCCGCCAGGCCAUCGGACACGAGCCUCGUGAGGAGAGGGCAGAGGUCAAAGCCUCUGUCACGCCAUCUACCCCGUCCAGCAUCUCCUCACCCUCAGUUUCUUCAUCCACACCCAGUUCUAUUCCCAUCUCUAACCCCUCUAAUGCUCCUUCUGCUUCCCCCUCAACUGUGCCCCUCACUCAGCUGGCCCCAGAAACUUUCACAUCUGACAGAAAGAUGCACAAAGCAUCCACACGGCAGGACAAUGUGAUCAGGAACAGCAGGGACUUUGGUGAAGGAUUCCAAGACUAUAACAGGUCAGCAAGAAAUGCCCCUUACGGUGUGGAGACCCAGUCCAAGAAGGAGUUCCUCAAUAAGGCAGCUGACUUCAUUGAGGAGCUGUCCUCUCUGUUCAAGGCCAACAGCUCCAAACGGAUACGCCCGAGAGCCUGCAAAGCCCACAGGAGCAGGAUCCCAAACAAGAGCCAGAACGAUGGGACAGCUUAUCCCCUCGUCUCUGACAACCGGGAGCGCGCAGUCAUCUCCAUGGAGGUGGAGAAGGAGACACCCAGCCCUCCCGUUACACACCAACCAGUUGCCCAGCUGGCUUCUGAGACAGGACAUGUGGAGUUUCAGGACUGCUCGAUUACUGAGGAGCACCAGUGUGACUCUGUGCUCCAGGAGGCGGAGGAAGAGCCUCAAAGCUUUGCCUUAACAGAAACUCCAUAUCCAGCAGAGCCUGUGUGUGAACCACCUCGCUUCAUCCAGAAACUGAAAAGCAGGGAGGUUUCUGAGGGCACCAAGGUCCGGUUGGACUGCAUUGUUAGAGGACUCCCUCUGCCUGAAGUCCGGUGGUUCUGUGAGGGAAAGGAGCUGGAGAACAGCCCUGACAUUCAAAUCAUCACCAAUGGUGAGCAGCACUCUUUGAUUAUUGCAGAGGCAUUCGAGGAGGAUACCGGGCGCUACUCGUGCUUUGCGUCUAACUGCUACGGUACCGACUCCACGUCAGCUGAGAUCUACGUAGAAGGUGCCUCAUCUUCCGAUUCUGAUGUGGAACCACACUUUGAACAUGUAGCCCAGCUGCAGAGAAACCAACCAAAGUCAUCCCCAUCUUUACCGUCAUCUUUAAACGAAACCUUCCCUCCAGAGGAGGAGGAGAGCGUGUCAUCCCAGCCUGCAGCGGCCCCCGAGGAACCACCAGAGGAGCAGCUCUCGCCUCCAGUUUCUGCUCAAACAGCAACUGAACCUCUUCUACCAAUCCGGACAUCUGCUGCUAUACUUCCAGUCUCAGAGUUAUCAGAAGAAUCUGUGGCAUCAGCAGCACAUCCUGCUCAGGAGGAAACAUCUGUGCUGUCUGUGCAGGUGUUUCCUGUUUCAACAGGUGAUUCAGAACUUACAGAAGCCCAAGGGGUGUCAGCAUCUGUCCCAGUCAUAUCUACUCCACAGCUGCAACACACGGCUUCAACAACAGCCACGUCACAGCCUUUAAACUCAGUAUCGUCUGUGGUGCCUGUCCUGUCACCUCCAGCACAAACACCCCAGCCUGAGAGUCCAACUCCCGACCACAGCUCUCCAAAGGGGUUAAACGGGCAACCCAUUAUGGCUGCCCCUGUCUUCACGAAGAGCCUACAGGACCUCAUUGCAUCAGAAGGCCAGCUGGUGGUGCUAGAGUGUCGCGUGAAAGGGGUGCCGUCACCUCGAGUGGACUGGUACAGAGAAGGAAAAAUCAUAGAGGACUCGCCUGAUUUCAGGAUCCUGCAGAAAAAGCCCAGAUCUCCAGCUGAAUCAGAGGAAAUAUGCACUUUGGUCAUUGCUGAGGUCUUUCCUGAAGAUUCGGGGGUGUUCACAUGUACAGCAAACAACAAGUAUGGAACCGUGUCUAGCAGUGCUGCACUCAGGGUCAAAGGCAAUGGCAGUAACAGCAACCAUGUGAGGUCUUCAAGCAGUUUAAUAGUGGAGCCCAGUCAAGUUCAAGAACUUUCCCCAUCAGCUCCCGCUGUAAAGCCUCAACCAGAGGUUGUUAUAACCAGCAGUAUUAAGCCGCACUCCAGCACCAUUCGUCUUGACCCACUUGUCUCUAGCACCUUACGCCUGGACCCCUUAAACACUAGCAGCCUUCGUCUAGACCCCCACAACUCUAGCAUGUUGCGUCCAGACCCCCUCCGCACCAGCCUGCCCAAUCUGGAGCCCUCCAGCCUGAGCAGCAGCUCCUGCUUGAACUCUCACAGCACCAGCACCCCAAAUUUAGAUCCUCUCUCACACAAGGACCUUCUUGGAUCCAGUGGAGCACAGGGUGCCAGAAAAAUUUUCUCAUAUCCGAAAUCCUUUACUUCUCCAUCUGCAGCUGAGACUUCAGCACAGCAGGAGUUGUCCAGAUCUUCAGCGACAUCUCCUGACAUCAGUUCCAAAGUUAAGGGGACCCCAGCCCAUCAGAACGGGAGCCCUGUUGUGGUUCCCUUACCUGAUCCUCCACCCAACUCCUGCCUAAAGACAGGCAACCUUACAAACCACAAAGACUCACGAACCAACUCCAGAGCAGGCCGACGUGUGCACUUCAAACUGCCUGAGGAUGACGAGGAUGAGCAAAGUGACACAUCUAGUCCCUUUGAUGAAGACAACACUGAGGCAUCAGUCAGCAAAGAACCACCACCAGUGCUGGCUAAACCUAAACUGGACCCAGCUCAGCUCCAGAUCCUGCACAACCAGGUCCUCAUGGAGCAGCAGCAGGAGACUGAACCACAAACGCAAACCUCCAUCCAGCCUCAGUCUCACCCACCGUACCAGAUCCAAAUCCAGCCCGGAGUCCAGACCUCCCCUGAAGCUCCACUGUGGUCUCCAAGAAUACCGCACGUGCCACCUUUACAUACUACAACAGCCCUUCAGCAAACCCCCUACUCAACACCUCCAGUGACCACCACCCCACAUGCUCCAGGAUCAAUGUCUGCUGCAGCGCUCAACACCACCUUUUCACCUGUUCCUAACACUUCCCAAGCUUCCCUUUUGAGCUCUCCUCCUUCACUUCCUCAGCAUAUGAAAUCCUCACUGGUGACCUCCCCUCCACCUGCCCCACAGCUAAACUCCGCCCCUUCUCUCAGUACAGCACCUGUAACCCAGAUGAACACCAUCCAUGCCUCCCAUAUUAACCUGUCCCCUGCAUCUUUUGCCAAAACUGCACCCACAGCCCAGUUUUAUUCUCCGCCUGCACCAAAGCUCAACACGGUCCCUACAAAUGCGACCCCAGCCUUACAGCAGAUCACGUCCCCGGCUCCUCUUCUAAGAAGCACCCACGCCUCCCUCAUGAAUCUCACACCUACCUCCCACUCCUUCAACUACGUCCGACCUAAAGAGUUUGUAGCCGCUCAGACCCUCUCACCGGUCAGGAGUCCUUCCCCAACAGAGUCACCAGUACCACUAUUACACGAGCUGGCUGCUGAGCUCAACUCCUCCGCCGCUAGCUCCCCUAUUCUCCUUCCACCCCUCUCCCCACCACCCAGGAUUUUCCCCACAAGGGUCCUCAAGUCUCCCACCAGCCCACCGUCUCUCGUAUCCUCGCCUACACCGGGGUCACUGCAUAGCUUGUUCGCCCUAAGAGCCCAGUCACCCCCUCAUGCUUCUUCUCCCACCUCCAGCAGCUCCACCCCGAGUCCCAUCCAAAACCCCGUCGCCUUCCUCAGCUCUGUCCUGCCAUCCCUGACCCCAAGCCAGCCCACCAACUCAAUGGGCCUGCCCAAGGGAGCUCCGUUAGGGCUUCAAAAGAAGGCACUGAAGAUCCGCCCUCCGUCAGCUGAAGCCAUCCGCGAGAGCAGAGAAAUUAUCCUCCUCGACAUCGAGAAGAAGCUUCGAAUUAAAGACGACACCCCACAUUUUGUACAUCAGCAGAAGCUGAGUAAUGAGGGGAAAACAGCGAGCAGGCCCCUUGGACCAAACAUUGCCGCUACUGUCAUUAACUAUGAUGAGGAGUAUAAAGUGUCCAGUUUUGAGCAAAGGUUAAUGAGCGAGAUCGAGUUCCGCCUGGAGAGGACGCCAGUGGAGGAGUCGGACGACGAGGUGCAGCACGAUGACGUUCCCACGGGAAAAUGCAUUGCACCCAUAUUUGAUAAGAAACUAAAGAACUUCAGGGCUAUGGAGGGAGUGCCUGUAACUUUCUCAUGUAAAGUAGUAGGAAUCCCGCCACCAAAGGUUUACUGGUUUAAGGAUGGCAAGCAGAUCCUGAAGAAGAAUGUCCAUUACAAGAAGAUAAGAGAGGGAGACGGGACCUGUGCUUUGCACAUAGAAUCCACGACCAAUGACGAUGAUGGAAAUUACACCAUCAUGGCAGCCAAUCCACAGGGACGAAUCAGCUGCUCAGGUCAUUUAAUAGUCCAAACGGGACCUCCCCGAAACCGAAUGACACCCAUUCAUGCUCAGAGGGUGCGAAACCGCAUACAGGAAGUUGAAGGUGAACAAAGUCAGGGGCGCUUUUUUCAACCUCACUUCCUCCAGGCUCCAGGGGACAUGAUGGCUCAUGAGGGAAGACUGUGCAGACUAGACUGUAAGGUGAGCGGCCUACCCAACCCUGAGCUCAUGUGGCUGGUCAAUGGGAGGCCCGUUUACCCAGACCUUUACCACAAGAUGCUGGUGAGAGAGAACGGCGUCCAUUCCUUGGUCAUUGACCCUGUCACUCAGAAAGACGCCGGCACAUACACCUGCAUCGCAAGCAAUAAAGCAGGGCAGAGCUCCUUCAGUCUGGAGCUGCAGGUUGUGGAAAAGGAAAGGAAGCACCCACCCCAGUUUGUGGAGAAGCUGCAGAACAUGGGGAUUCCCGAGGGAGCUCCAGUAAGGCUGGAAUGUCGCGUUGUGGGUAUGCCUCCUCCGGCCAUCUUCUGGAAAAAAGACAACGAGACUAUUCCCAGAACUAAAGACAGAAUCAGCAUGACCCAGGACGCCACAGGAUAUGUGUGUCUCCUUAUCCAGCCGACAACAAAAGACGAUGCAGGCUGGUACACAGUGUCAGCAAAAAACGAGGCUGGAGUCAUUUCAUGCACCUGCAGACUUGAUAUAUAUGCGCAGUGGCAUCAGAGCAUCCCCGCACCCAUGAAGAAAACUCCACGAACAGGAAGUCGAUACGCGGCUCUGACGGGCCAGGGGCUCGACAUCAAGUCAGUGUUCCCCACGUCGGACACCAGCCCCAUCCUGUUCGCCAGCUCCCCACCGGAGGCCACACUGGAGAGUGAAGAACUGUGAGAGCUGGCGCAGGGGGAGGGACCCUCCAAACAGAUACUGCGACCUCUCUGAGGAGAGCGAUUACCUGAGCAGAUUUUGUGUGAUGCAUUUGAAGUGACGGAUUCAGAUUAGGACGGCAGAGAUUUAUUGUGUUAAAGAUGCAGCACUGAUAGCGGGGGUUUGUCACCAUUCCUAUUUACUCAAGUUAUACAACGAGUGUUUCACCUACAGAAAAAAAUAACAGAUUUGCAAAGUCUUAGCUCAUGAGCCAUCAGUGGAGUUCAUUUCAUGCGUGAAGUUUUUGAAUGAAUCUGAUUUAUUGUCAACAUCAUACUUGGUUAUGAUGGCGAGGUUGCUGAAGAUCCGUUCUUAAUUGUUUGUCCUGUACUCAAGAGUGGUCCUGGCACCAUGUAUUUGUACUGCAAAUCACAUAUAUACCUGUAUUGGUAGCAAUAGUUUCUUUAAGACUUUAUAUAGAAAGUAGUUUGUAUGUUUUUAUUUAAAGUAUAUAUUAGACAUUUGAAUGUGCCAUUUAGAUCGGUGUAUUUAAAUGGCUCUAGGAGGGUGGGGUUCUUCCUUGAGGUUCAUCACAUUUUGCACCACGUUUUUCAUGUGCAUGUUUGCCUACGGCUGAUGAAGACUACGAAAUAACUAAAGCCAUGUUCAGCGCUCACCGGUGGCUUGAUUUCAGGUGAGAUAAUCGAUCUGCUUAAAAGCAAACUAAAGUUCAAGAAGUGUUUCCCAGAGGAAUGAGUCUGAAAACGACUGAAAAUGAGUCACUGACAGUCAUGUACAACAAAAGCAGCCAUUACUACUGAGCAUUCAAGUAAAAAAAAAAAAAGACUGCAAGCACACAUUCAGCUAAUGUAAAAUUGCACAUUGUAAAAUAAUUUUCUCCUUCUCAGAAUAAAGUUAUAUUUAUUCAAA